UGUAACACAGACGGGUCUACAUUUCUUAUCUCUGUUCUACUCGAUGGCUGCCGUAAAACGCCUUCGUCAAAUGACUUCCGAAAUUUGGUCCAAACACCUAUUACUGAUACUCCAGGGUGUUGCCAUCUCAAGUCACAACAUGCCGCGUGCUGCUGCUAGUGGAGCUAAGAAAGCUGCACCUAAGGCGCACAAGCUAGCUGAGCAGUUCCCCAAGGACUCAGUUUUGAGGGAUCUGUUUAAGAAAGAGUGGCUGCUUGGAGAUGUUAUUGGCAGAGGUGGCUUUGGCCUCAUUUAUCUGGCUUCAGAAAAGAAUUCCCAUCCAGUAAAGGGCAAGGGCAGUAACACCGACUGUGUCAUCAAAAUAGAACCCAAGGGCAAUGGGCCUUUGUUCUGUGAGAUGCAGUUCUAUCAAAGAGUUGCUAAGCUGGAUCUGAUUCAAGCGUUCAUCCAGGAACACAAGCUUCAGUACUUGCCCGUGCCACCUUUCCUUGGGACCGGCUCACACAUGUACAUGUCGAAUGAAUACAGGUUCCUUGUCAUGCCCAGAUAUGGCACAGACCUGCAGAAACUUUUAGAUCAGGCAGGAGGGACUUUUCCUGCUCAAGUUGUUUUUGCAGUUGGGCUCAGAAUUUUGGAUGCCCUGCAAUAUAUCCAUGAGAAAGAAUACGUCCAUGCUGAUGUCAAGGCUGCAAACAUACUGCAAGGCUAUCACCAGGGCAAGAUCCUCACAAAUCAGGUGUAUCUGGUGGACUUUGGACUAGCCUACAGGUACACGGUCGGCGAAGUCCACAAAGAGUACAAAGAGGACCCAAGAAAGGCGCACGAUGGCACGAUUGAAUUCACUAGCAGAGACGCACACAAAGGAGUGGGUUCAUGCAAAAUGUUCCAUCCUCAAUUUCAACUUGUUUUUCCGGAGCUGCAAAUCCAAAUUCUGUGUACUCUGAUACCAUGGCCAAGUUCCUAGAUGUCGUGAAAAAACUGAAGUACGAGGAGACCCCGGGUUACUGGCGCCUGAAGACGAUUCUACGAGACGGCUUGACGAAGGCCGGCCACAAAAACGAGUGGACCAUCGACUUUUCCGUGCAGACCAAGACGACCACAAAGAGGAAGAGCACUGGCGGAUCCCCCAACGCUCUGUCUCCGGUGAAGAAAGCUAAGGCUGGGGGAGCCUCGGCCGCUGCCAGGAAAAAAACUACACCCAAGAAAAGAACACCAAAGACUGCUACUCCCAAGAAAAGAACGCCAAAGACUGCUACUCCCAAGAAAAGAACGCCAAAGACUGCUACUCCCAAGAAAAGAACGCCAAAGACUGCUACUCCCAAGAAAAGAACGCCAAAGACUGCUACUCCCAUGACUACCGAAUCCCUCGAAACAUCCCCGGAGACAUCCCCCGAAAUAAUGCCGUCAUCUAAAAGAAAUGGAGCUGCCAGAUUGGCAGCAAAAGCAUCUCCUGUUCCCCGGAAAAAAGCAACUCCGAAGAGGGCUACUCCCAUGACGACAAAAUCCCCCGAAACAUCCCCCAAAGUGACGUCUUCUAAAAGAAAAGGUCGUGCAAAAUUUACGGCAAAAGCUUCCAAGAAAGACAGCGUGGCUGUGAAGCAAGCUAAAGGACCAGUGCCCGAUACCCCUCUCACGCGGAGCCCAUGGCCCCUGGUACCAAAUGAGGACGGAGACUCUCUGCGACAGAGCAGCAGUGCGAAGAAAGACUUCCCCAUGCCAGCGCCCUCAGUACCUGCUGCUCGUUCUCCAGCGGCGAAAUAUGUGUGACGAGGAGGACAGUCGUUCAAAGUGACGCUUCCAUCCAGACAUCCCCAGGACUGGCAUUGAAGAGAUGAGAGCAAGGAAAGUCGUGUGUUGUCAAUGACAUGUUGUGUCUCGCUGAUGUGUAGUCAACCAACGACAUGUUGUGUCUCGCUGAUGUGUAGUCAACCAACGACAUGUUGUGUCUCGCUGAUGUGUAGUCAACCAACGACAUGUUGUGUCUCGCUGGUGUGUAGUCAACCCAACGACAUGCAAUGGUUACAUUUCUCCAAGUUGCAGAUGUUGAGGAUACAUUUAGACUAAGAUGUUAAGAUGAAGUAAGUGCUUCCUGCCCUCCAAAGUAAUAAGUAGAAGUAAUAGAGCAGGAUCCUGACAUAAAAGUUUCUGUAGAUGCCUUUGGGAUAUAUUCAUAGUUUGAAAAAUGGGGGG